GCUGCAAUAGCUGAUCUGUAUAGCAUAUGCCAAUAGAAGGAGUUGUGUUGAGUAUGGGUCGGUUCAUAGUCACUUCCGGAGGGGGAGAGCUGGAAGCACAGCAGUGGCUGAAGAAGCACAGCUGGAGAGGAGGCCAGGCUGCCUGCUGUAAAGAGUGUCGCUGUGUGUGGGGGGAAUGGAGCACGACUGAUUGGGUAAAGGCUGUCCUUGUCUCAGGUGAGAUCCACAGGCGGCGCAGGAGCGGGCGGAGCAAGCAGCAGCAGCGAUGAUGGAGGACGGCGGAGGCUACGUGGAGUUUGACGUGCCCGAGUUCAGCAGCAGCGUGCUGAGCCAACUCAACGAGCUGCGGCUGCAGGGCAAGCUGUGUGACAUCAUCGUGCACAUCCAGGGCCAGCCCUUCCGCGCCCACAAGGCCGUGCUGGCGGCCAGCUCGCCCUACUUCCGCGACCACUCGGCGCUGGGCACCAUGAGCGGCCUGUCCAUCUCCGUCAUCAAGAACCCCGAGGUGUUCGAGCAGCUGUUGGCCUUCUGCUACACGGGCCGCAUGGCGCUGCGCCUGCGCGACAUCAUCAGCUUCCUCACCGCCGCCAGCUUCCUGCAGAUGCAGGCCGUCAUCGACAAGUGCACGCGCAUCCUCGAGGGCCUCCACGCCAAAAUCCACCUGCCACCCAACGUCCUGAUGGAGGCGGACGCGAUGCACCACCACCCCGGCUCCGACGAGGAGACCCCCCCGCCGGGGGAGGGCGGCGCCGGCGCGGGCUCGUCCAGAGCCGGUCGGAACGGCGUGAAGGACGGGGGGCUGUUCGUCAACCCCACGCAGAUCUCCCCGCCUUACUACCCCCGCACGAGGCCAGGGGGGCACACGCAGAGGCACCUCCUGCACCACCAGGGGGCGGCGUCAGUGGUGUCGACGCAAGAGGAGGGCCAGUCGGACCGCGGCAGCAGCGACGGGGGCGCCUCCGAACAGGACGCCUCCAUGGAGGGCGAGGUGGAGCAGGUGGAGCUGAUCGGCCGGGACGGGCAGGUGACGGACGUGCACGUGAAGCUGGAGAAGUCGGAGCGGCCCAGCCAAUCGGAUAGCUCGUCCACCACGGGCGACGACGGUUACCACACGGAGCUGGUGGACGGCGAGCAGGUGUUGGCGGUGAGCGUGGGCUCGUACGGCCCGGUGAUUACGGCGCCCCCCGGUGGCUACUCGUACGCGGCGGGCCUCACCUCGCCCUGCUUCCUUAGCCUCAGCUCCAGCCCCUCCCCGUCCCGCUCGAUGCUCAGCGGCUUCAGGGGGGGCCGUGCCCGCUCCAAACGCGGCCUCCCCGUCCCCGCCGACUUGCUCAGCCAGCUGAAGGGGGGCGCGGGAGGGGCGGAGGAGGCAGGGGAGGGGACGGGCGCGGGGACGGGGGGGCCGGAGGGCGAGUUGCGGGAGCACAGCCUGCGGGGGCAGCAGUGGUACCCCUACAACGAGCGUCUCAUCUGCAUCUACUGCGGCAAGUCCUUCAACCAGAAGGGCAGCCUGGACCGCCACAUGCGGCUGCACAUGGGCAUCACGCCCUUCGUCUGCAAGUUCUGCGGCAAGAAGUACACGCGCAAGGACCAGCUGGAGUACCACAUCCGCGGCCACACAGACAACAAGCCCUUCCACUGCCAGCUGUGCGGGAAGUGCUUCCCCUUCCAGGGCACCCUCAACCAGCACCUGAGGAAGAAGCACAUGGGGGCCACGCCCGACAGCGUCCCCAACCACACCCACUCCCCGGAGCCCCUGGAGGGGGCGGCGGGGGGGGCCGCCAGCAGGGACCCCGACGAGGCCUCCGAGAGCAGCGCCGCGUUCGGAGAGACGUACGGCGAGGAACCGCCCGGCCACGAGAACGGCGAGGAGAGCGCCGUGCGCAGCCCGGAGUAACCCGUGGCAACCUGAUAUGGCCUCGGGAACGGGAGAACGCGGAAGAGGAGGAGGAGAGGGCGCAGGCCUGCGGUCAUCCCUCUCUUCAGAGGAAGCUUUAAGAGUUGCUCUUUUUUUCUUUUAUUUUUCUCUAGUUUUGCUUUGGUUUUGUUCCAAAAUCAACUUCCGGGGCGGAAAGUGAACCUCCCUUUGAGCAUUUUUAUAUUUGUUCACGUUUCUCACCCGUUUGUCAAAACAAAAGAGUUUUAGAGAGUUUCUUCUUCUUGUUUUUUUGUCCCAAAAGUAGAUUCGUGUUGAAAGGGAUGGAAGAGUGUGUCGUCUCACUGAGGGGGUCAGAUAAUCACGACCUCCUCUGAAAUCAUUGUGAACCUUUUUUUUUUUUUUUUACAUAUAUAAAUCUCUCUCUUUCUCUCUCUAUAUAUAAAUAUAUAUUUCCAUUUUAAAGUGCAUAUUUACAGAGUAAUAUAGGCAUGUUGCAAUAAGGAAUAAUGUGAAAGCUCGAUAAGAUGUUCGUCAUGUCACAUGUCCACCUGGCUUUGCACAGACGAGCCGCGGAAGGUCGCUCCUUCUCCACAAGUUUUUGAUUUAUUUUUUUUUCUGACA